UCACCCCCCACCCCCAUCAAAGGCUUCCACUACAUCAGAGAUUAGGGUUUCUGCAAACCUUCACGAUGAAUAAGGGAAGGAGGCAAAUGUUCUUUGGAUGUAACGGGAUGAAGCUCGACGUUAUCGCAGAAGGCGAUGAAUACAAUUUUGAUCUAACUGUGAAGUUGGACUCCCAUUCGAAUGAAAAUGAGGGUCAUGGAGACAAUAUGGUGAACCUUUCUCUGAAGAUGGGUGGUCCUCCACAGGAGAGCAAAGAGGAAGAGGUGGCGAUGACUGACAAAGAUGUUCCGAAGGACGCGAAAAAGGUUCCGAAUGAUCACAGUGAAGAUAAGGAUGAUGAUAUUAUUAUUGUAGAAAUCCCAAUCGAUGACAAUGUUGACAAUGUUGAUAUCAAUGUUUUGGCCGAUUGGAUAAUGCUAUGAGCAAGUAAAACAAAGAGAGGGCAUUACCAAGUGCUUUAGAACAUUAGGCAUUGUGUAUGCUUCUUCUUGUCUGAAACAAUGGUGGAGAAAUAAAAAUAAUGGCUUCUGAAUUCUUAUUGGAA